AUGAGGAUCGCGUGCCUUCAGUUUAACCCCCAAGUGGGCGACGUCAACAACAACUUGACGAGGGCCGAUAGGGUCUUGAGUCGGGCGAAUCCCGAGAAUCUGGAUCUAAUCGUCUUGCCCGAGAUGGCCUUUUCUGGCUACAACUUCAAGUCCCUCUCCGAGAUUCACUCCUACCUCGAGCCCACCGGCGCCGGCAUAUCAGCGCUCUGGGCUCGCACCACCGCCCUGAAGCAUAACUGCCACGUUGUCGUCGGGUACCCGGAAAAGGCUGACGUUACCCACAAGUGGCCCACAUCUCCCGAGUACUUCAACUCCGCCAUCAUGAUAGGUCCGGACGGCGACGAUGUUGCCCAUUUCAGGAAGACCCAUCUGUACUACACCGACGAAACUUGGGCGCUUGAAGGGGAUGGCUUCUUUGGGGAUCAUGUCACGGGGCUGGGUCAAACGGCGAUGGGCAUCUGCAUGGAUAUAAAUCCCUACAAAUUCCAGGAGCCAUGGGACAAGUUCGAAUUUGCAUAUCACGUCCUCGACUCCGACGCGAACCUUGUCAUUGUGUCCAUGGCAUGGCUCACUGUAGAAAAUGAGAGAGAGUUCGGCGCCCUCCCUCACGAGCCCGACAUGAACACCCUGACAUAUUGGGCUAUGCGCAUGGAGCCCAUUAUCCGCGCCGAAUCCAAUGACGAAAUCAUCAUCGUCUUCGCCAACCGAUGUGGUUCAGAAGCUGAUGCUUUGUACGCCGGCACCAGCGCCGUUAUCGGCAUCAAGGACGGCGAGGUGAACAUUUACGGAAUUCUCGGACGCGGCGACAAGAAGCUCCUUGUUGCUGAUACAAACCAGCCCCCGAUCGCCAAACUUGUUUUGACUCAACAAGGUGGUUCAAUCCGGCCUCUUACGGUCGAGACAGACGGUGCCUCUGUGCAUAGCACAACCGUCUCUACCAACCAUAAGCGGGAGUACGAGGAAGUGGCCGGUCCUCGCCGCAGGCCCUCGGAAGACCUGACAGCCGAUUGGGUAGCGACCCAAGUAGCGAAAUCCAUUGGAGCUAUCGACCCCAAGGGAAAGGGAAAGGAGAAAGUACCCAGCUCAGCACAUGAGACUACCAUCGUCCCAGCAGAGGUAGCUUCUACCCUCCCUCGAGCCGCAUCUUCGGGUGCCGGCUCAAAUUUCACGUACGAGUCUUCCAGAAUUGGGAAGAUGGCUCCGCCGAAGCUCACAAUCCCCGAAACACCCUCACGAACAACGUGGCACAAGACCGAUUCUGCCAAAGUAACAACCCCCAUCCAUAGAUCUUCUCGGACACCUAUUCACAAACGCCCAAAUGGCGAUCUUACAUCACGCGACGGCCACGAACGCCGAUCGAAGCUCCCAGACUCGGCUAUUGUCGUAAGCGCGGUCGAGCCGUCAAGCAUAGCGAAUGCCCUGUUCAGCCCACACGAUUCGGCCCUCGGCCGCGCGACGCCUGAAGUCCUCGCCUCCCAUGCCCAUCGUAAGUCAUCACGGCGAUCAUCCAAGCCAAAAGACGGAGAUUCCCGUAACCAUAGAUCUUCAUCAAGAUUGCAAAGGGAAAAGGGACUUAAGCUGAAAACGGGGUCGACGCCGGCCGUACCCGAAGACGAGGGCGACGGAGGGCUGACGCAGGCGAAGCUCGACGCGCGGUUCAAGGAUAGUCCCGUCUCGAGGCGGCCGAAUUCUUCGAUUCUGUCGUAUUGGUUCGAGACGUUGCCGGAAAGUUUGCCGCUAGUGCCGAGCGGAUCGCCGACGGAGCCGAGGGCGCCGUCUGUUUCUCUAGCGGAGUUUGAGAGGGGUAGGGCUACGCCGGCUGUUGCUCCGCCUACGCCUGCGGCAGUUCACGUUCCGGCGAGCGCUUCGAGUGUUUGUCACCAUUGUGGGCAGAGCGUUCUGAGCGAUAAGGGACGUUCUAGAGUAGAUAGUAGUCAAACCCAGGGGAGUCCGGAUGAGAUGAAGGUUUCGACGUGGGGAGAGGUGAGAGAGGAUGUUCAUAUGCAGGGGACGUCGGAGCGAUCGCUGUCUACCGAGGGGAAGCCGGGCACGGCUACUGCAGAAGCGAAUGAGGGUCUGAUAUUACUCGCACCUACCGUCUAUCAUGCUGAGGCGAAGGGUGCGGUGCAUUCGGAGGAUAUCCCCAUCAAGGUUGACAUCGAAGGAGCUGUCACUGUGCAUGAGGAGCCCAAGAAGGAGGAUCCAGAAAGGCAAGAGGAUCCAACAAAAUUGGAAGAGCCAGCAAAACUGGAAGAGCCAGCAAAACUGGAACAGCCCGCAAAACCGGAGGAAUCCGCGGCACAAGAGGUCCCCAACAAACAGGGGGGUAUCCAUGGCACCGGUGACAACAAUAACCACGAGUCGCCGAAGCAUUUUACCGUCAACAUAGCGGAUAUCACGACUUCAUUGGAGAAGCACGAUAAAGCAAAAGUGAACGGUGAACGGGAAGAAGAGAGGGAGAGGGAUCCUAUGGCGCCGAGGAUGAGGAUCGUGCCGCCGUCUGUGAAGGGGAUGGAAAAGCCUGCUGUGGUUAUUGUGAGGCCGACGAGUGUUUAUUGGUAA